AUGAAUCAGGUUGAUGAUUAUGAGUACUUUUGUCAUAGUUGUGAAGAUGUGAAACGAACUAGCGAUAUCGAAAUUAUAUACGAUGGGGAGAUAAAAUGUAAAAGCUGUAAUCACGUGGGCUUUGUGGAGAAAAUUGAUGAAGAUGACCCCUUGAGUUUUCAUUCGAUUAAUUCGAAUAGGGAGAGACGGAACAUGAACGAAGAAGGUGGUGGUGCUAGCAACGAUUAUGCGAACAAUUUACACACUCCUUCGGGGAAUGAUAGUGGUGGUGGGAGAGGUUCCACCGCGGAGGGCAGUGCGAACAAUCGUGGAAGCAAUAGACAAGGUAACCGAAGCAAUAGCAGCGGCUUCUUCGGGACGAGUGAAAACUUUUUUAACGAUUUGAUGAUGUUCAGAAAUGUGUAUCAGCAGAUGUUCAACACGAAUUUGAGACCUACGGAUGCGGACAUUCAUUUUACCGCCAACUUUGGUACCCCCGCCGCAGAGGGGGGAAUGCCCGAUAGUGCACCUCGAAAUGAUGCGCAGGAUAGGGUCUUCUUCGGCAGGAACUACAUAUACAACAAUGGCGGCGCUGAUAGUGGAAGUGGGGUUGGCGGGUUUGGCGCUUUGGGCGGAUUUGGUGGAUUUAGCGGAUUGGGCGGAUUUAGCGGGUUUACCGGAGUUGGCGGUGCCGGAGUGAGCGGUGCCGGAGUUAGCGGUUCCGGAGUUAGCGGUUCCGGAGGUGUUGGCCGGGUCGCCAGUGACAGCGGAGGGAACGGUACUAAUGGCAGCAGCGUGAAUGCCAGCGGGGGGGCCAGCAGGAACCCCAGGAGUCCCAGAAUUAUCACGAGGGCCAUUGACAUCACCAACAUCCCCCUGAACUCACCAAUCAGAUUAAAUUUCCAUGACCUCAUAGAUAAUAUUCUAACAAAUUCAUUCGACAAUAUUUCUCUAGAUCAAGUGUUAACAAUAAUUAUGGAGAGUGAUCCAUCGAGAAAUGGACCCCCACCAGCAUCUGAAGCAAUUAUCAAAAAUUUGAAAGUGGAAGUAUUAACGAAAGAAAGAGCAGAGGAGUUAGAAUCAUGUGCCAUAUGUAGAGAAGAAUAUAAAGAAAAUGAUGAGGUACAUAGGAUAACAGAUAAUGAGCGUUGUCGACAUGUUUUUCAUUGUUCAUGUAUCAUUCCGUGGUUGAAAGAAAGGAAUUCUUGUCCCACUUGUCGCUUUGAGCUUCCCACCGAUGAUCAGGAAUACAACUGUAAGAGGGAGGAACUACGGGAAAGAAUAAACUCCGAAAUUUCUCGCAACAAUACGUUUAGCAAUUCUAACGGUGUUAACGUGGAGAAUAUUUCUGUGAGUAAUAGUGCGGUUGGCAGAAAUGACGUUGGUGGAGGUAGUAAUGGCUGUUCACAGGGGAACAACGAAAGAGAGGGUGCACAGGGGGAAAAGGACAACGAGGCUGCACAGGGGAACAACGACAGCGAGGCUGCACAGGGGAACAACGACAACGAGGGUGCAUCGGGGAAGGAGGAGUUUCCUGAAUACGACAUCAACAUGGUUGAAGGUUUUGCAUCUGCACAAACGCAGAGCAUUAUACAAAAUAUUUUCAAUACGUUUAUACUUGGAAAUAACGACACGAAUAGGGGAAGCGGGUUUGUCUCUGGUCCGCAAGUGUUUGCCAGAAGCAGCAACAGAAAUUCGGAUAGCCGAAAUGUACAUGAAUGGGGUCAGGAGAGAGCAGGCGAAGGUCGCGUGGAGGAGGGGCCCACUGGAGAGGGAAGCGCGUCCAACAGGAGCGGCGCGAAUAAGAGCGGCACGAACAGGAGCGGCACGAGCCAUGGUGAGGAGGGAAACAACACCGGUAGUAAUAAUAAUUCGAGUGAUAACAUAAGCAGUGGCAACACAAACCAGAACCAUUCAGGAGGUAUUAACACCAACGGAUUACGUGUAAGGAGCAGGGGGUACGAACCCGUACCCAGCGGACUCAACGUAAUAGAUAAUAUGUUCGACCCAGCUAGGAUGUUUGACGUUGAUAAUAGUUUUAAUUUGGGGCAAGAGGUUGGUCUAGACAUCAUGGGAGAUCCAACAUUGGGGGUGAUGAGGUCGACGAAGAUUAGCAGGACGACCGAGCAUGAGCGUACGACCGGGACCGACCCGGCGAACCCAUUAGACUUGGGAGUCGACGGAUUUGAGACCUCUGCUUUUAUGAAUGCUGCACAUGCAUACGUGACUAGUGGGGGAAAUGAUUCCCCUCAGCAGGAAAGAGGAUUCGUGGAUGGCGUAUUAAGUGAAAACGGAUGCAGGGAAAGAGACCUAGAUGCAGGGGGUCCCGUCAGUCAAAGUGUACCUAGAAAUAUGGAUAAGAGUUGCAACGUGCAGUAUGAUGAAGGGCCUUCUUCUUCCACGAGCAUCACUGGCGUGGUUGAUGCUAAUCGAACGAAUGGUGCCACCUGUAAGGAUAAGGGGAAGGAGGAUCCCAUGGGAGAUGCCACACUUGGGGAUUCGUGUGCAAAAAGAGAUGGUUGUUCUAGUAGGCCCAGUGUAAAGGACAGCAGUAGUAGUAACCCUAAGGACAAGGAAAGCCGAAGCGGAAGCGUUAAGAGUGCAUCUAAGAAAAACGAAAAGAGAAUUUACGAGAAAGUUAGUUCAGCGUAUAGUAACGGAAGCAACAGCAACAACAGCUCGGGGCAGUGCAAGGAGAGUGACGUCGAAAAGGAGAAUUUGAGGAAGAAGUCGAAGAACAGCCAGCAUGUGGAUGGGCGGAAUAAUUUUAGCUCUUGUAACGGCGUUGAGGAGGACAGUGUCGGAGGUGCGCCCAGCUCGCGUGCACCGGGGGAAGCGGCAGCGGAAGAGGUAGCAAAGGAGGUAGCAGGAGAGGUAGCAGAAGAGGCAGCGGACGCCAGGAAUAGUCAGAAAAAACAAAGCACAGUGAAAAAGUACCUGUUCGAUAGACUGCACUGGCUAAAAGGUUACGAUGGCAAGGAUAAAAAGAGGGGCGAAAAGGAGCAUGACGCAAGUGAGGGCGUCGGUUUAGAGGAAAACGGGGAUAAUGUGGCGAAUGUGGCGAGCGGUGGGAACGAUGCUAGCGGUGCGAGCGAGGCGAAUGCCCCUGAGGGGGGGGGCAACCAAAAGUGCAGCCCACGCGGAAUCCACAGGAAUCAAUGA